AUGGCGGAGCACAUCGUCUUCCACCCGCAGCUCACAAAGGCUGAUACGCUGAUCCUCGAGGGCCUGCGCCAAGAUAUCAAGGAGUACACGCCCAAAAAGGAAGCUCUCCCAAGCCAGAAUGGAAAACGUGCCAAUGGCAAAACCGAGACUGAAGUGAACGCCAGCCAACCCCGCGAUGAGGAUUUGUUGCGCCACCUGCAGGCUCUUAACAACCCUAAAGAUGCUCACUUUGAACCAAGUGUCACAACCAAUUGGGAAAUGGACCAGAUCAAGCUGCCUAUUUUUCUAGAGAAGUUUGUCUUGCGUCCUUAUAUCCGCAUUGGACAAUCCAUUGUUCGUGUGGAAACUGAUGUGAUUAUGCUCACGCAUCUGCUCCUCUACUUUUCGACCUCAGUUCCCAGUGCUAUUUAUCUGUUCUACAAUUUCAACUGGAUUCAUGGCAUCCUUCAUUUCCUCAUGCAAUUCACCUACAUGGGUUCAUACACUCUGCUAAUGCAUCAGCACAUUCAUAUGCGUGGUGUUCUGAACAAGAAGUUUGCUCUCUUUGACCACCUCUACCCUUAUAUCACGGAUCCUCUCAUGGGCCACACCUGGAACUCAUACUUUUACCAUCACGUCAAGCAUCACCACGUCGAGGGCAACGGACCCAAUGACCUUUCAUCUACCAUUCGAUACCAGCGAGACAGUUUGCUCCACUUCCUUCACUACUUCGGUCGAUUCUUCUUCCUGGUGUGGGCUGACCUCCCCAUCUACUUUGUCCGCACUGGAAAGAUGACGACAGGCCUGAAGGCAGGUUUCUGGGAGUUUUCAAACUAUGCCAUGCUCAUCACCCUGUUCAACCUUCACCGAAACGCCACAAUCUGUGUUUUCCUUAUGCCGUUGUUGUUGAUGCGAUUCGGUCUGAUGGCGGGUAACUGGGGCCAGCAUGCGUUUGUUGACGACGUGGAGCCCGACUCUGAUUACCGAUCCAGCAUCACAUUGAUCGACGUUGCUAGCAACCGCUUCUGCUACAACGAUGGCUACCACACCUCUCAUCACCUCAACCCUCUUCGACACUGGCGUGAGCACCCAGUUUCUUUCCACAAGACGAAGCAGACAUACGCAGACCAGCACGCCAUCGUCUUCCACGACAUUGAUUAUUUCAUGUUGACCAUAAGAUUGUUGAUGAAGGACUACAAGACUUUGGCCAAAUGCCUGGUUCCUAUUGGAGACCAGAUUGCACUCACCAUGGACGAGCGAAUUACCAUGUUGAAGAGACACACUCGACCUUUCACGGAGGAGGAGAUUCGAACAAAGUUCAAGAAGCAGUGA